UUACUGCCAAAUGCAUGAUGGGAAAUGAGUCCCUUCUUGCUUUCCUAUGUUCAUUUUCUUUUUUUCCCUCCCCGCAUAUUAUUGCGAGAACAACGCUUUAGAGACUGAAGAAUAAAUUCGCAUUUUGAAGCCGAAAUCUGUCUCUGACUCCCCAAAGUAACAGCCAUGGCUCGUACCAAGCAGACCGCCCGUAAGUCCACUGGAGGCAAAGCUCCACGUAAGCAGCUGGCCACAAAGGCAGCGCGUAAGAGUGCCCCUUCCACUGGUGGGGUUAAGAAGCCCCAUCGUUACAGGCCUGGUACUGUGGCUCUGCGUGAGAUCCGUCGUUAUCAGAAGUCCACUGAGCUGCUGAUCCGUAAGUUGCCCUUCCAGCGUCUGGUGAGAGAGAUCGCCCAGGACUUCAAGACCGACCUGCGCUUCCAGAGCGCAGCCAUUGGAGCCCUGCAGGAGGCCAGCGAGGCUUACCUUGUGGGUCUCUUUGAGGACACCAACCUGUGCGCCAUCCACGCCAAGCGUGUCACCAUCAUGCCCAAAGACAUCCAGCUGGCACGUCGCAUCCGUGGAGAGCGUGCCUAAAGACGUUUCCUGACCUAUGAUAUUCUGUCCUCUCAUUUUCCUUCUUCUAUAUCUAGUAGUUUGGUUUGAGGUUCUAUAUAUAAAUAUCUAUAUCAUAUGAUUGUGAUAACCGUAAUUGUGUGAUUAUGUCUUCUGUGGUGCUACUAGUAGCAGAUUUUCCAUAGCAGUAUCAUCAACUAUGCUUCAAACUUUUAAUCUUAGUUCCAGUUAGUAAAAACACAGGAACACCUUGUUACCUCGACAAAUAAGGUGUUUUUGGGGGAAAUAAAUAAUGUUUUAUCUGAAAGGGGCAUAGGAAUUAGCAUUAAGGUGGACAUUUUCAUUCGAGAGCGGU